AUGAAGGAAACACCUAGAAAAAUCUCCAAAAUCUUUACCGUUUCUCACCUUAUGGAUCCAAAGCCUGUUUUUGAAACCAAACAAGUGUAUCAAUCGCAGCUAGCUUCAUACGGUGCUGGCAGUCGAUUCUCUGGCGCGAGACAGGAAUCAACAAGGAUGACUAUAGCUGGGAUUGUUAAUGCAAAUAAAUUCCGGCUUGCGCAAACACGUUUUCUCGUUCACCGAGGUGGCAAUGCUGGUGAUCGUGUCUUUAGUGAUCAUAUCGGAGGGUGGGUAAAUACGAACUCUUCCUCACUGAGAAUGGCAUCUUUGGAGAUAUCGGCUUCCCGUUCAGGGUCACGGUUUGCGUUUACAGGUGGCAAAUUGAGGAGCCGAGUGGCAUUGUCGUCUGUUAAGGUACUCACAAGUUGA